CUGCUGACAGAAGCCCUGCUGGUUUUCUCGCCGGAGAGCUCCCCGCUCCGCUCCUUCUCCCGCAAAGUCAAAGUGCGGGUUCACUGGGCCCUGCAGCUGCUCGCCCUCCUCUGCGCCCUGCUGGGGCUGGGCAUCAUCAGCUACAACAAGCACCUGAACGGCAAGGCGCACUUCGUGACCUGGCACGGCCUGACGGGGCUGCUCACCGUGCUGUACACCUGCAUGCAGUGCCUCGGAGGUGUGGUCCUUCUCUACCCCAAGCUGGUGAAGAACUGGACGCUGGCCAAGCUAAAGCUGUACCACGCGACCUCGGGGCUGGUCGGGUACCUCCUGGGCUGCACCAGCCUCAUGCUAGGCAUGUGUUCCUUGUGGUUUACCACCUCGGUGACCGGCGUCUCUUGGUACCUCUUGAUGCUGUGUCCCAUUCUCACCAGCCUGGUGAUCAUGAACCAGGUGAGCAACGCUUACCUGUACCGCAAACGGAGCCAGCACUGAGGGCCCGGUGGGGAUCAGAGCUUGCCUUGUGCGAUCCAGCAGGGCCAGGGCUCUGUGGGCUGCUGGACCUGGGAAGCCUCCCGUGGGGGGUCCCUUACUUGCAGUCGCAGUGGUCUCCUCAGAACUAGAUUUCUACCUACUCGUCUGUCGUUAGUCCUAGAGUGUCUGUAGUGUCAACCUUGGUCUCAGGGAGCAGCUACGAUGUGUGUAACGCACGUGACAGGCAGCAGCUGCCUGGCCUGCGCCCACCUUGGAGGGGAGCAGCUUGCCGGCACAGGUAACUCUGCUGGUCCCUGCAACGGCUUGCUGCUUGGCAGAGGACUGCUUGCCUGCUCCGAUGCUGGGAACCAGAGGGUUAAUGACAGCUGUCACUCAGGAUUUCUCCCCUUCUCUUCUUCCCUUACGCACCAGGUUUGUUUUGGAGCAGGUGGGCAGGCUAGGAGCUGUUAUGUUCCUCGGGGGAGUCCCUGCUCACCUCAGCUGAGGGCUGGCGCCUCCUGGCUGCCCGCUUGCCGCGAGGGGCGGCCGGGCUGAGCCCUGGCAGAUGGCAGCCCUGCAGGCAGAGGGGGCGAUGGCCGCACCGGGCACGUGCCCCGUUGCCUCUCCUGCAACAGGGGCACCGUCCCUGGCAAACACCCUGGGGCAGGGCUGUGGCUUCAGCCAGCUCUGCCGGGGGGCAGGAGGGCCAAAGCGGGACUGUAGCGUCCAUGGCGAGCUGCGCGGGGGCACAGCCCCAAGCAGGGACCCCCGGGGGCUCCACGGGGUUGGGGGCACCUGAGCCCAGCCCAGCGGGACCAGCAAAUGCAGGAGCUGGUCGUGUUCAGCCCUACUUGACAGCCCCAAACCCAGGCACCUAUCGCCACGCACAAAUCCCCGCUGCCUGCUGGGGUGCCGAGCAGCGUAACGGGGAAGCCUAGGCCUGGCAGCAGCAGCGGUUGUUUUACACAGCAGGUUAUCGAGCUGAGCUGCAAACCAGCAGUCUGCUGAGGCCUGUUUUGUCCCCGUGUCUGAUACUUCCUCUGGACCUAGCAUCCCAGCUCUGUUACAGCUGAGCCAAAGAGCAGCUCUGAGGGGUGGAAGGAAAAUAAGUGCAGGAGGGAGCACUUUGCCUUUGCCUCCUGCUGGCACACGCGUGGCAGGGAGCUCUCCCCAGCAGACAGCAGGGGCCGGAGGUGCCUUGGGUCCCUGCAAGGGGAGAGCGUGCCCUGCCAGCCCCCUCCGGUGGCGGUGCUGCCCCUGUGCCUUGGCAGAGCUCCCCUCGCAGCAGGAGGGGACCGUGUGCCCCUCCAGCCUAGCCCUGUGAGCGGGCCAGCCCUGGCGGGCUCCUCAGGAUGCUGAUCAUGGUGCUUGGCGCUCAGCUGGAGGACAAACCAUCGAGCUGGCCUGCAAAACGACCGCUUGGAAGGCAGAAAAUAACCUCAUCCUGCCUCGUCUCGCCUGCUGGGCGCCGGCAGGCCAGUGUAAGGGGGCCCUCCUCCAGCACAGCAACCUCCUCCCCGGACCAGACACGUCCUGGACAGCCAGGGCACCGCAAGGCUUGAUCUGCUGGUUGAAUCAAGUGCCGUUUCCCCAGCCCAGCGCGCUGUGUUGGAAGGGCCCCGGGGCUCCCGCCUCAAUGCGAAUCGUGUGCUCUCUGCAGGGCCGGAGAGCUGAGAACAGCUCCCCAGCUGGGAAAUUCCUCUGUAUCCAGAGCUUUUAUUCAAUAAAGAGUUCA